AUGUUUAACAAGAUAUUAUUGUUCAUCAUUUUUUUCAAUUUAAAUCUGGUGAUCUCGUUUCCAAGGGAAGCUCUAUUAGAUGCUAUGAAUGAAGAUGAACUCAUGUAUUAUUUCCAAACAAGUGAUAGAUCAGGGAUACCGGAUUAUGAGAUUGUUGAGUUGCCGGUAGUACUAUCUGUAGAAGCUGUUGAUGCAUAUGAUGGUUACGAUGAAGAAAUUGAUUACAGUUUUUUGGCUUUUCAAAGGCCAAUCGAUCUAAAACUUAAAAGAAAUACUGAUAUUUUGGGUCAUAACUUCACAACUUAUGUCCAUGACGAAGAUGGUAUUUCCGUAUUCAAUCAUGUUCCUAGAAGUUGUCAUUAUUUGCAUGAGGAUGGUAUUACUGUGGCAUCGAUGAGCAUUUGUUCGUCAAAAAAUGUUCAAGGUUUAAUUUUUUUGGAAAACACUACUCUAGAAGUUCAGCCACUAACAGAACGAUUGCAAUCAGUGCUUAAUAUCAAAGAACCUCUUAUGGAAACUCUUCUGCAAGACGAAUCGCUAAAAAUUCCCCAUUUAGUAAAACGAGCUAGUUUUCUUCCGGCUUUUCCGCAUACCGAGGAAGAUUAUUUUCCCAUCGCGGCAAAUGUUUGGUCCGAAAAUGAAAAUAUACGAACAAAUAACAUAUUCGAUGCUGAAAACGGUUAUAACUUUAGGGAUAAUAUUUUUCGACCGUACUCAGAAGCUGCUUCUUUUAAAAUACCGACACUAACACUAGAAUUAGCCAUGUUUUUCGACGAGGCAGCUUACAAAAUAUUUGCUCCUUAUUUUAAUUACGAUGACAAGAAACUGCAGGAUAUGUUGCUGGCUUACAUGAAUGCAGUUAGAUUUCUUUGCAUACGACAACGGCAGAAAAGUGGAGUAACGAUGGGAUUGGCUACUGUGGGAGGAGUGUGUUUGGAUAGUUAUGCUUGUGUUAUAGCAGAAUUUGGAACCACAAAUGUUUUUGGAAAACCUUAUCCGAGCGCUGGAUUUACCAGUGUCUAUGUACUUGCCCAUGAAAUUGGGCAUAAUUUAGGUAUGCACCAUGAUAGUAUCCAAAACAGCUGUCCCAAGGAAGGUUACAUUAUGUCUCCAUCCAGGGGAACCAACGGUGAAACCCAAUGGUCAAGAUGCAGUGCAGAUGUCAUGACGAAAUUAAGUGGACAUUAUUUUGCGGGACCUGCUCUUGAAGGCACUCAAUGUGGUUAUGGGCAGUACUGUUAUGGUGGCACCUGUGUCAAAAAAGCUCUUCCCAAACCAGUCAAAGUUGUACCAGGAGGAUGGGGUCCAUGGAAAGAAGGUGUUUGCAGUUCAGGUUGUAUAGAAAAAUCAAAAGGGAAUACUUCAAAAAGAAGACUCUGCAAUAAUCCAGCUCCGCUCAAUACUGACGAGGGAUGUGAAGGAUCGAGUGUGCAAUUUGGACUUUGCAAUGAUAGUAAGGUAUGCAAAGGAAAAAUAUCUGCAGUAAACUAUGCAUCACAAAAAUGUACAGAAUUCUCGAAGCUUUUGCCUGAACUGGAAUCUGUGGGAACUGGGCUUCAAUCACCACACGAAGAAGGUCGUUUAUGGAUGGGAUGUGCUAUUUUUUGUAAAAGAGCAGAUUCGGGAAUAUUCUACACUCCAAGGAUAGAACUGAACGAUCUGGGAAUUUCACCUUAUUUUCCUGAUGGAACAUGGUGUCAUUCAGCCGGAAAUAGAGAUUUUUAUUGUUUACAACAUCACUGUUUACCAGAGAACUUUCAAAUCAGAACAUUAUCAAAUCACCUAGAAGACCUAUCUUUUCUUCAGAAUGCUAGACCUCAUGCUCACGUCUCCCAAGAUAUAAAAGAUUACUUAUCUGUAGAUUCGUAUGGGCGUCCGAUAAAGACAACAUUAUCCGAAGGUGACGACAUACCUCCACAGGAUGAAGAAUGGGAGUCCCAUGAUUAUAUUGAAAUUCCAGGAUUGAGGGAACGAUAUUAUAGUGAAAAUGCGAACAGAAUAUAG